UGGUAUUCUAGAAAGCAAAAGUUGAAAACGGAAAAAAAAUGGAAUGGGUUAAAUGUAGCCUAGUUGAGAUGUGUCAAGGCGCUUUCCUCUUCAUUCCACUUUGCCUCCCCUCCCUAGGUAGUUCGGUGCUCGCUCACUUCCUGUGUUGUUUUUUUUUUUCGCCAUCACGUGUCGCAUCCUCGAGCACCACGAUGGAGUUUUGGAUCAAAGCUACUUUGCUUCUCUGUUCCUAUGGCUUUUUCAAAGAAAUGAAACCAUCAGAGCCUUUCCUAACUCCAUACUUGAAAGCGCAAAAGAAUAUGACCGAAGAGGAUCUGGAAAAAAUCUACCCCGUAUGGACCUACUCUUACCUUUUAACUCUGUUAGUAGUGUUUUUAGUCACAGAUCUGCUGAGAUACAAACCCGUAAUUAUAAUCGAGGGGCUGGCUUAUUUGGCCACGAGAAUCCUUUUGAUUUGGGCCGGUGGAGUCUUAGCGAUGCAGUUCAUGCAGUUCGUCUAUGGAGUAGCUACUGGAGCUGAAGUAGCUUACUAUUCUUAUAUUUAUGCGGUAGUUGACAGAGAUCAUUACAAGAUCGUGACCAGUUAUACCAGGGCGGCAGUCCUGUUGGGAAGAUUGAUCUCUGGAGUUGUUGGACAGCUUCUAAUAACGUUCAAAGUGACUGACUAUCUGGUUCUUAAUUACAUCUCUCUUGGCAGUGUUUCAAUCUCUUGUAUUCUAACACUCCUGCUACCAAAAGCUUCUGGAAACGUUUUUAUCACUAGGACAGAAUCUGACUAUCUCAUCGAAGAACAACGAAACGGUUGUAUAUCAUCCUGGAAGCGAACAAUGAUUACCAUGUUUCGUGAUUUUAAGCUGUGCUACUCUGACAAAGAAUUGCUGCGGUGGUCUCUCUGGUGGGCCUUUGCUACUGGCGGGGAGUUCCAAGUUGAAAAUUACGUACAGAAUUUAUGGGAGAUUAUCUACCCAUCUCAUAACCACAAAAUUUACAAUGGUGGGGUCACUGCAAUCUCACACUUGACUGGGUCAUUGGUGGCUAUAGCAUUAGCACAUGUGAAAAUUAACUGGUCCAUAUUUGGAGAGUUGUGCCUGGGAGUGGUGUCUGUAGCUGAUGCAUUCUUUUUGUUCCAAAGUGCACAUACCAGCAAUAUCUGGUUGGCCUAUCUUAUGUAUGUCCUAUUUCGCACAGCAUAUACUUUUCUGAUAACAAUAGCAAGUUUGCAGAUUGCUAAGCAUGUGGAAAUGUCAAGAUUUGCCUUGGUGUUUGGAAUAAAUAUGUUUGCUGCACUGCUGGUGUCAACAAUCCUGACAGCAGUUGUGGUGGAUGGACCAGACCUAAAGCUUUCAGUUAUCGAACAGUUUGUCAUUUAUGGGAGCUAUUUUGUGAUCAUUGGAGCGGUUUUCUUGGCACGAGCUGUGUAUCACAUCACCAGAGUGGGAUGGAGACAGUCCUGGCAACAGCGUUAUGUUGAAAUGGAAGCCCAACCUCUUGAAGAUGUUAGAAACAGAGAUUCUCAAGAGGAUUGCACUGGAGAACUCGUAGCACCAAAUACUGGUGGUUUAGUGAUCACAUGAAAUGGAGGAUGAUAGAAAGGAUUAAAUUCAUGUUAUAGGUAGUGUAGGUGUUGCUGCAGUAAUAAAGCAUUGAGGUUAAAA